AAAGAAACUCCAUUCCUUUCGGCAGAGGAACGAGACGACCCUGCCGAGCUUGGGAUUGCUAAAAACCUCUCCGGCUUACGGCUCUCCUUCGAGCUGUCUACUUCCCUCUGCAGUCCUCCCACUUCUUCUAUCUUCAGUUCGGUCUCUAAUGGAUUUCCAGGUGGUCGUCUUGGCUGGAGGCACUUCCAAGAAACUCGCUCCUCUCGUCUCCAAGGAAGUUCCCAAGGCAUUGCUUCCCGUGGCCAACCGCCCCGUCCUCUCUUAUGUUCUCGAGCUUUUGGAGCUCAGCAACCUUAAAGACAUUAUUGUGGUGGUUGAAGGGGAAGGUGCAGUUUUACGUGUAGGCGGUUGGAUUCCAGCGGCAUAUGCUGAUCGUUUGCAUGUGGAGGUUGCUGCAGUCCCGGAGGAUGUUGGAAGUGCUGGUGCACUUCGGGCCAUUGCUCCCCACCUGACUGCAAAUGAUGUUUUGGUUGUGAGUGGUGAUCUUGUUUGUGAUGUUCCUCCUGGAGCAGUGGCAGCUGCUCAUAGACGACAUGAUGCAGCGGUGACUACAAUGCUUUGCUCUACUCCCAUCAGCGGAUCAUCUGAGUCAGGAUCCUCUGGUGGGAAGGACAAAGCUAGAAAACCGGGGCGCUGCAACGUUAUAGGGCUGGACCCCACAAAACAAUUUUUAUUAUAUUUUGCUACUGGAGUUGAAGUUGAGAAGGACAUUCGGGUUCAGAAGAGCAUACUCCGUGCAGUUGGACGGAUGGAACUCCGAGCUGAUCUCAUGGAUGCUCAUUUAUAUGCAUUCAAGAGGUCUGUAUUACAAGAAGUUCUGGAUCGAAAGGAUGCAUUCCAAAGCUUAAAGCAGGAUGUAUUGCCAUAUCUUGUCCGAAGCCAGCUGAGGUCAGAAGUAUUGUUGAAUGGCACAUCACAAGCAGAAGAAAAUGGAAAUGAGAAGGUUGCUUCCCAAAACAAUCAAUUAAUGCUAUCUAAAAUCCUGGGUAAUUCAUGCACUCCAAGCUUUCAUGAACUCUAUAAACUGGGUUCUAAUGGUUCUGCUCCUGCUCGACAAACACAUAAAUGCUGUGUUUAUAUUGCCAGCAAUAACAAGUACUGUGCACGGCUGAAUUCUAUUCAAGCUUUCAGCGACGUAAAUCGGGAUGUCAUAGGAGAGGCUAGUCACCUUUCAGGGUACUCUUUUUCUGUUCAUAACAACAUUAUCCACCCCUCAGCAGAGCUUGGAUCAAAAACCACUGUGGGACCACAUUGUAUGCUCGGCGAAGGUUCACAAAUGGGUGACAAAUGUAGUGUGAAACGGUCUGUUAUUGGCCGUCACUGCAGGAUAGGUUCCAAUGUGAAGGUGGUUAAUUCGGUGGUUAUGAACCAUGUUACCAUAGGUGAUGGUUGUUCGAUCCAAGGUUCUGUAAUUUGCAGCAAUGUGCAACUCCAAGAGCGUGUUGUAUUGAGAGAUUGUCAGGUUGGAGCAGGUUACGUGGUUCCUGCUGGUGGUGAGUACAAGGGGGAGUCCUUGGCAAAGAAAGAGAGAUGAGAAUCUCAAGGUGUUACCUCUGAACAAAGUCCCUGGUUGGAGCAGGUUUUUAGCUGAAUGGAGUUGGGGAGUGUAAGAUACGUUCUUGGCGGUGAAAGUGAAAUGCCACCUUGAUUAGUAAUUUUAAGCUCCCAUUUGUACCGUGUUUUUGGGUAAUGGUCGUCUUUGAUCAACUCCGACCAAUGUAUUUUUGCUGGUUAGGGGAGAGUUCAAAUAUUAGCUUCAAUUUGUCAUACAUUUUUGUAAGCUUUGAGUAGGAAUCUUUUGAGAUCUCAAUGAAAGUUAUAACAUCUCGAGUGUUGAUUAA